GUCUGCCUGAUGAAAAUGAAUGUUUUUUAAAGUAGGAAAUACCAAAAUGCUCGAAAAAAAAGGGGUUGAGCCCCGAUUAGUUGAACUAAAUAUUAUGAAAUUCCAUUUGAAUUAUAGCUUGAGCUAUUUUUAUAGCUAACAACAGUUUUUAUUUUAUAUUAAACUACAAAGACCAACAAUGCAAAGUGAAAUGUUAGGGAAUCUCACAUCUUCAAAUAAAUAAUGCUUUAUGUUUUCAGAUUUUCGAUACUUGAAUAUUUAUAGAUUACUCAUUCAGCAAAUUAGCGCUAAAGCACCUGUGACUCAUUAAUCCCGAUCUGUAAGAAGAUAUACGAAUUACUAGAUUUCAGUAGAAGUCAUGAGGAACCUGUUUAGGAAAGGGCCAGCUGACCCAGUUAACACAUGGAGCGCUUGCUUAGGCAGUUCAGCUUGAUUAACUGGCCAAUAAAGAGUUUACUGAACCUUAAAUCAAAGACAAAUUAAUGUGAUUUAAGUGUGUGCAAAAAAAAUUGUAGCCAAGUCAAAACAGAGGGUUUCCAAGAACCAAUUGAUAAAAUCUAUUGAGGAACAGUUAGUAUAAAAGAGCCAGACUCACAACAUCAUUAAAACAGUAUACCGAGAUGACAGUCAGCGCUAAGAUAUUAGGUGAGAAACUCUUUAAAAUAUUUUGUAGGGAGAGUUGCUUCCUAACACGAUCCCCAUUCCAGUUUUGUGCCUGUGCCUGGGUCUAGCUCAGGCGCGUCUACGUCUCGUGCAAGCCAUGGGCCGCAGCAGCGAUUCGGAGACCAAUCGAGAAGAAGGUGUUCCACAACUUGUGCUUUUCGCGCCCGGUGAGCCGCUCAAGCCGGAGAACCAGAAUGAGCCCAGCCUCCAUGAGCUGCAGAUUAUCGAGCCGGAGCCUGAGAAGGAUGGCCGCAAGGUGCCGGACUAUCUGUACUCCAAUGCGAUACCCAUGCUGAACGAGCCCAACAUCAAGUAUCGACUGCCUCAGCUAACAGCUUUCCCCCUCGCCUACGCACCGCAAAUUGCCAGCAAUCAAAUUAGAACUUCCCCGAGCAACAACAAAGUCGUGUUAGAUGGAAGCUCAUAUGUAUUGGUGCCACGCAUCCAACUGGGCUUCAACAUGCAGAGCCAAGCAGGUCUCAGCUUGCCUGGCUUCAAUCUGUUUCCCGGCACACAGCCCAACGAACCAGUCGAACAGAAGGAACAGCAAGCCACUUACAUUCCGAUUCCAGUGCCCGGGCCACCUGGACCACCUGGACCCCCGGGUCCACCGGGUCCACCAGGUCCACCCGGACCACGUGGCUUCACCGGUGCAACAGGACCACGCGGCAGGGAUGCGCCACGCACCUCCUCCAGCAGCUCGUCCCCUUCGGCACAGCAGAACCCACAAAGCCUUUGGUAUGCCCAGAGCAGCAGCAAUAUCAAUAGCAACAAUAAGCAGCCGUAUGAACAUUACUCGAGUGGCUAUCAAAACUGAAGAGCAUUAAAAUAAAAUGAACAUUUCAACUAUAUAAAUUGCGUUUGUUUUUUAGGUUAUGCUGGUUGAGCAAUUUUAAGGUACUUGACUUUAAGCCUCUUAUUGCUGCCUACAAACAAGACUUGGCCAAUUCAAUUUUGCAUUUUAUUCAUUAUUUAUAUACAUACAUAUCUAUAUAGUUAUUUACUUAUGCUCUGUUAGUCUCUCUCACUCUUUUUCUACCAUUGCUCACACUCUUUCACUAUCGCUUUGCUCAGUCUAAGUACAGUCGCACUUUUAUUUCAUUCCAUUCAUAGAAUUUUAUAUGGUUACCAUAUAACUGUAUAUAUAUUAUGUGAUUUGCUGCGUUGCUCAGACAAUAACGUGUCAAUCUGAAUGCUAUACAAGCAUACACACACACACACACGCACGCCUACAGCACGUACGCACACUAACACAUUAUGAUGAUUGUGUGUAAUUUACAUAGAUUUUGAUAGCGCUUGACGGGGGAGCACACGAACUGUCCUCUUUUUGCUUUUUCUAUUUUUUUUUUUUUAUUUAUUUUUUUUUUUUUUUUGUGGGUCUCCCAUUGACGGCCAUUCAAUUGGCGACAGUUGAUGGUUCACUCAUGUUGCUGCUGUUAUUGUUGUUGUGUGCCACCUGACUGGAACUGCUCUUUCACUGUAUCUGUCUCUCUCUCUUUUUCUCUCUCUCGCUCUCUGUUUCACUCACUCCCUCUGCAGCAUCCUCUGUGACAAACACACACGCAGUAAUGUUAUUAAGUGAGCACACUAUACUAGCACCUACACACACCUAAACGCACACUCACAGCCACACACACACACACCCACAUACUCACACCCACACAGUGACACCUAACUGCUCAUGUUUCAUUCGUUUGUCGUUUGGGGUUGCCUGUCGCCUGCCCCGUUGAUGAUGGCAACAAUCUGUGGCAGAGUCGCAUCUUAUUGUAGUCGUUAGUUUUUAUUGCUCUUUACUACACAGCAUUUACAAUAGUAGUACAUGCAAUUCUAUGUGUGUGUGUGUGUUGUUGUUGUAGUUAUCAUUGCUGUUGUUGCUGCAGAUCCGUUUACUUAAAUUGAUACGCAGCACGCAUUUUUUUCAAUUAAAUGAAAAUGUUUUAUGUCCAACAAAGCUUCGCUCGCAUUUACAACUGUAAACACACACAGGAAAGGCACUUUUCACCAUCCGGAGGUGUGUGUGUGUGCUAGUGUGAAAUUUAUAUGUUUCUAAUUGCGUUAAAUAUCCCAGAGUUUAGUUGCUCUACAAAAAUGAAAAUAAAUCUUGUUUCUCUUUCUCUAAAAACAAUAUAUGCAAAUAAAAAACCAAAGUGU